UUCGUGGAGCAAUGCGCACCAAUGUUUACUUUGUUUGCGUUGACAGUGUGGAACGUGUUUUGCAGCAACGGUAGAACAUAAACAAACGAGUUCGGCUCUCCAUUUAGUUUUAAUACCACAGAAAAUACAAUGCACAAAUCCCGUGGAGGAGGAGGAGGAGGUCGGAAGCAGAAAAACUUUCACAAACAUCGUCCUGAUCGAGAGAAUCGCCCUUUGGCUGAAAAAUUGUCCGAUCUUGCCGUGAAUAGUGACUCUUCUUCCGAUGACGAAGAGGAAAGUGACGGUUCGGGUUCCGGGCACAGUUCCGGCGAGACAUCAGCUCCCAAAAACAAAUUCGACAUCGGAAAACCACCAAAGUUUCCCGUCAGCAUGUGGGAUUUGAAGCACUGCGAUCCCAAAAAGUGCUCCGGCCGUAAACUAGCCCGGCACGGAUUGAUAAAAAACCUACGCCUUGGACAAAAAUUCCCCGGUCUUGUUUUGACACCCGUCGGAGUGAAUUGUGUGAGCCCACAGGAUAAGGAAGUUAUAAAAUCAUCAGGCAUUGCGGUGGUGGACUGUUCGUGGGCUAGGUUGGAUGAGACUCCGUUUCACAAGAUGCGCUCCCCAAACCCCCGAUUGCUACCGUUCCUAGUUGCUGCCAAUCCAAUUAACUAUGGAAAGCCGUGUAAACUAUCCUGUGUUGAGGCGAUUGCUGCAUCGAUGUACAUUACUGGCUACAAGCAGGAAGCCCUUUGGUAUCUGAACAAAUUUUCCUGGGGUCAUUCGUUUGUGGAGCUUAACCAGGAGCUACUCGAUGUUUACGCAAACUGUGCGAACAGUAAGGAGAUUUUGCAGGUGCAACAACAAUAUUUGGAAAAUGCAAAGGACGAACUGCAAGCAGAUCGUGAUUUUCCCAGCACCGAAUCUGAAGAGGAAAACGAUGCUGAAACAGAGGAAGAAAGUGGCGAAGAAGUACACCAUGUAAAAAGUAUAGCGGGCACCGAAAUACAAUUUGAAAAUUAAAUAGAAUCCAAAACAUAAA